AUGAAGAAGGCAACUGCCAAGGCCUUGUUCUUCCCCAGUUCAUCACAUGGCCAAUCCCAGCAAGAGUGUCUUUCCUGCCAUCCACCAGAGGCCUCAUUGUGGGAAGACUCCACACACAGGCAGGUAGAAGCUGGUGGCCCCUCUUUUAUCAACCCCAAUGUUCAGAAGCUCCUGGAGAUACUAAUCUUGAAGAGAGCAGAACUGAUGAUGUGGAAGGAAAAAGAAAAGGAUGGGUCAUUUCUCAAACAAAUGAGCCCAGACUACCACCUGAGUUCUUUGUGGAAUGUACUAAAGUCACCGGGUGACAAGCAGAACACCCUAACCCCACAAUCCUUCUGGAGAAUGAAAGACAGACCAGAGAAGCUUCCUGGACUUCAGAAGCUCUCUUAUCCCAAGGUCUUGGAGGACCAUUUACAGCAGAAAUGCAGCCAGCUCUUCUGGGACCUCCCCUCUCUGCACAGUGAGUCCUUGAAGGGACUGAAAUGGAGUAGGGCUUUACCCUCCGUGUUCAAAGAAUCUCAAGAAGUCUUUAGUCUACCCACUCCCAACCUUCCCCAGACCCAAAAGACAGCCUCCAUCCAUCCCAGGGAUUCUAUCAUCCCUGAUCUCCAGGAAAAACUGCAGCAACAAGAUACAUUCAUCAAAGAUGAACCACCUGACGGCCCUGAGCAACUGACAAGGCCUCAAGGCAAAUUCUCACUGAUGACAUGUCAGUGUCCAGCAAAAAUCAAGCAUGGGCCCUCCAAGCGUUCUGGAUUUGCAGGUGAAAGCAGAAAGAAUGUACAGAAGAUGAAGUCCAGGAGCUCUGGAAGAUUCUGUAGAAAGGGCCCAGUAAAGUUCAAACUAGAGAAAGACCCAAUCAAAAACCUAGGGCAAGAUCAGGAUAGUACUAGAAGAUCUAUCCAAGGAUUCAGGAAUCACGAAAAACUGCAGCAACAAGAUACAUUCAUCAAAGAUGAACCACCUGACGGCCCUGAGCAACUGACAAGGCCUCAAGGCAAAUUCUCACUGAUGACAUGUCAGUGUCCAGCAAAAAUCAAGCAUGGGCCCUCCAAGCCUUCUGGAUUUGCAGGUGAAAGCAGAAAGAAUGUACAGAAGAUGAAGUCCAGGAGCUCUGGAAGAUUCUGUAGAAAGGGCCCAGGCAAGAUCAGGAUAGUACUAGAAGAUCUAUCCAAGGAUUCAGGAAUCACGUCAGUGAAGGUUCUGGAGGAGGAUAAGGAGUUGUCAGAAAGUGACUUGAAGAGGUCCCAGGAGUGUGACUCAGGAAAUUACUUACCCAGUGGCCCAGACAAGAAGCAUCUAGAAAAUCUGAAAGUCCAUUUGGGCAGGAAGUUGGGAGAUAUCAACAAGGGCAUGAUUCCUGGGAGUAUUGGCAGCAAGAGACAACAGAAACUGAGCAUUCAUGACAAGCUGGUCCUCCAAGGCUCAAGAAAGUUGCUGGGGGCAGAUGGAAUCUCAUCUGCAUGUGCCCUAAUUGCAAUAGAGCUAAUGGACCCCAAAAAGCAGCUCACCCUUGGUUUUUACCCCAGGGGUGAUGUGAGUUACUGGGAUAAAGCAUUACAGGACAUCCCGAUUCUAGGGGAUACUGAAACAGAGUCUGGUACUGAAACAUAA